UUUAGUGAUUAAAGCGACCGAAGAGCAAAUCUCAAGGAGGAGGAGUGUUUACAUCCUUGUCUUGUGACAUUUCUCAAGGAAUGGUGACGACAGAGUUCUUUCCGAGGCUGAGGAUAAGACGAGGACGCCGCUAGGAGUCGAAGAAGGACAUAUUGAAGGAGGAGUGAGAAGUAGGCCGAGGAUAAAAGAUACUUGAUGUACACCAUUUUGUGAUCUUUGAUUGAAGAAAAUUGUGGAUAAAAGAUUGCUUUGAUGUUAAAUAGAUUGGAAUUUAUUUUUGUGGAUUCCUGAAUAAAAAAUUACAAGUCCAUUCUAAAUCUCUUUGUCUCUAAAUAUUUUUUUUCUUUAGAUAUUUUUCUGCCUAAAACAAGGCUGUUCAUUAUUGAAAUAUUGGAUAUACCAUAAUAUUACUGGAUAUACAGACAUUUAUCCAAGCGAACUGAGUGAGGAACAAAGGCGAACCCAUGUGGAAUUCUCAGAAGACUUGUCAACCUGUCAUCAAGCUCCCAUAGCUGGCAUCCUCUCGCACAGAAGUCCGGUUAGGAAUACCUCAUGUUAAGCCGGUUCAAGACUGCACUUUACAAUGUGGUUGGGAGUUUUGAUCCGGGGGAAAGCAACGUUGGGGCUCUGGGACCAGGGGUGACAUCGACCCUCCCCACGGCCUCUGGGGUUUCAAGAAGUGCUAGUCAGUCAAGCAGCUCAAGAGAGAAGGGUCUGCGAUUCCCCUACACACGACCACACUUCCUCCAACUAAAUUCGGAAGAUGAAAUCCAGGUAUCAGCUGAUCAUGCCAUUCGGCCCAUCAUCUGCCCCAGGGACAUCAACAGACUGCCCUGGAAGACUGGAUAUGCAGAGACAAUCAAUGCAGGAAAAUCCAAGAAAAAUGAGGACCAGGCCAUGGUGCACACAGGGCUCCUCACGCGUCCUAUGAGGUCGGAGUCAUCCAAUAGCCGGUCAUCACCCACACUGUCCAAAGAACAAAGUCUUUCAGUCAGGAAUGAGCCUUUUGUCAAUGGCCAUGCAGAGGAGGUGGAGCCCUCAAAAGUGGGAGCAGCACAAGAACACACAGUUGUCUUAUCACCUCAGGGAGCUAUUACAGAAACUUCCACUAGCAACACAAAGGACAAAAAGGAAAAUUCUAAUAGUAAAGGCUCUCAGGAUGCCAAUAAAAGCAACACUAGUGGUGAGGAGAGCAGAAGCACUAACACAAUCAGACAAGGUGUAGUCUUGCAGCAUCCACUGGCAGAGCCAUCUCCAUCCCCAGCACCUGCUAUCACUAGUCAGCCAGACAGCAAGACUUCCAGCAUCCCUCCGUCCACGACCCCACAGCCUCCCCCGGUGUCCUCAGUGUCUCUUCCAUACUUCAUUUUUGGGGUGUUUGAUGGGCAUGCAGGAUGGGGAGCUGCAGUGGCCGCAGCUAAUCAGCUUCACCAUAUCAUUCAUGAAAAAUUAUGUGAUGUUAUUGAUGUUCUCCUGCCUGAUCCUAAUGAGGACAAGAGUACUAAGUCACAAUCACCACUCUGGCUGCCAGAUAAAGAAAUCACAGUGGAAAAUGUUGUAACUGGUGCACUAGAGUGUGCCUUCUGGGAAAUGGAUAAUGUGAUUGGUGAAGAUCGGCUGAAGUUCCAGUUGCAAGGAGGGUGCACUGCAUGCGUUGCACUCUUCAUCCAUGGCAAACUUUUCUUAGAUGCAGGGGAUUCCCGAGCUGUCAUCUCACGUGAAGAUCAGCCUCUACCUAUGUCUCAUGAUUUUACACCGGAGACUGACAAUCAACGCAUAAGGAAGCUGGGAGCCAUGCAUCCAGAACUGCUGGGAGGAGAGUAUACACACCUGGACUUCUAGCGUCCUCUGCGGCGCGACCUCGGCAGGAGAAUCCUGUAUCGUGACCACUACAUGAGUGGCUGGACAUACAAGACCAUCACCCCUGAUGACCUCAAAUAUCCACUUGUGUGUGGAGAGGGAAAAAGAAGUCGAGUAUUGGCAACCAUCGGAGUGACGCGUGGCUUUGGGGACCAUGACCUAAAGGCCCAGUGCUCAUCAUUACCCAUCAAGCCAUUCCUUACUCCAGAACCUGAGGUGAGAAUAUUUGACUUAACCACAGCGGACCUGACUGAUGGUGAUGUUCUGAUCCUUGCGACGGAUGGUCUCUGGGAUAUCACCACCAAUGAGAAGGCUGCCUCCAUAGUCACUAAGUCUCUCUCCCAUUUCCCAGCUGAGGAUCAUGAUAAAUAUAAGUACAGAUAUACAGGUGCUGCUCAGGAUCUGGUCAUGAGUGCCAGGGGAAAGUUGAAAGAGAGGAAUUGGCGCACGAGUGAUGAUAAACAUGCGACCAUUGAUGACAUCUCUGUGUUUGUUAUCCCUCUAAAACCUUACAAAGAAAUCAAUGAGGAAUGGACUCUUAAAUACAAAGCCAGUGUUGGUGCUAGUCAGAAAACUUGUGAGAUAAAAAACAGAGUUGGUGCGACUAGUAGUGUCUUGAGCCGGCCUGUAGUAAGCAUUUUGAACCCCGUUGAACCUACCGAGGGGGUUGAUCAGUGCUCAGUUGCACAGACUGAUGAACCUACCACACCUGAAAGCAGUGUGGCUGAACAAAAUGAUAAACCUGCUUCACCUUCAGAGGAGAUCAUUGUGACACCACCUGUCAGUGCAGCAGACCUCAAACCACAGGAGGACUACUUCAGAGACGACUCGGUAACAGAAGCACAAACUACAGUGCCAAGUGACAGCACAAAUGCCUCCUAGUGAAGGUCAGCAGGCAUCAUAUCCUCAUGUCAUGUUGAAUGUGAGGAACUUUAUAUCUGUUUUGUGAUAUCGAGUUUUAAAGGUACCUUAUUUGCCAGGGAACAUUUUUCAGAUUUUAGUGCAUUAAAA